AUGACUUACCUUCAGGAACUUCCUUCCCCUUCGCCGUCGGUUUACGCUGCUGCUUUGGUCUCCUUCCGACUCUCAUUCUAUCCUUCUGGACUCUCGAUCUACUCCUCCCUCAACCUGUCACUCGCCGUUCUCAACUCGGCCAAAUCAACUGACACCCAACUCGAGAGAUCGCUUGCAAUCAGCUGUAUCUUGACCGUCCACAUGGCGCACGAUACUUCGAACGCGUCUUCCCCUCACUCCGAUCCGUUCCCAGCCGAUCAUGGUCCCCCCUUUUCUUUGCCAGAAGACAUCCCGUCUUCUAUAUCGGAAGGCCACAAAGGCAAGAUUCCCAUCUACUUACUUCAUUCUAUGGAAGAUGGUGUACCGUUCAAACACCCGCAGUCAACCAGUAAGGAUCUUCAAGAGAAGACUGUCUCCAGCGCGGCCACUGGCGCCAAAACGGUUAAGAGAUCGGAGGAAUGGAUGGUCCCACCUCCCAAGCGACUGGCUCGAGUGGUCAAUGCUCACCAGAAGACUGUAUCUCCGUCGGUGCAACGAUUGGAUAAACCUGGGAAGUCGAAACCCACCCCAGAAGAAUUCCGUUCGACCGGCCGGGAUGGGGCUGCGUUAGACCCCGCGUUAUCCGCCGAUGAAGAGGAUGUGAAUGUUGCCGACAAAGAAGAGACUGGCUCGCGCUCUUCUGCACUGAUCAACAAGAUGAAGUCCCUCAUCAAAGAGACACCCAAAAAGGCUCUCAAGAAGAAGACGGCCAACAAGUCCAACCCGUUGCGUUUGGGUUCCAUGGACGUUGAUCCACCUGUGACCGAUAAGCAUCAGGCAUCCACGCAUGCAAGAGGGGGUUCGAUGCCCUUGACUAAGGUUGGCUUAGUUCUAUCUCGGCCCUCCAUUAUCGUCCUCACCUUACUGCGUUCUGAUGUGUUUCUCUUCACUAUCUCUUUCAAGUUUGACUCUCAAGGCCUCAAAUCGUCAUCCGCAGGCCAGAAGACUCCUAAGGACAAGAUGCCCGCCGAACGUUCAGACAAGAUGAACGUUGAUCCUCCCGCUCUCGCAAGGCUCAAAGCGACCUUUGCUAUCCCUGCUGCCUCGACUGCCAAUCAGCUCCAGGAGCCUGCUGCCAAUCCUUCUACUCCGGCCCGAAUGGAAAACGUCAACAAAUAUCCGGCUGGACUCACCCGCGGGGGCCCCCAAACUACCCCCGGUAAUCCUGGUCACCUAACCAGAACUCCCUCGACCGCGACUACCAUCUCAAAUUCCGUCCUACCUAAUUUGGCUAAAGCGUCUCUAGCUGACAUGAAGGCAAUGCGCGGGAUUUGGAUAAGGGAUAAGGAGAAUGCCGCUGCCAACGUUUCUGAGCUUCGAAGGGCGGGCCAUCACUUGAUUGCACCGGCUGCCUAUGAAUACCAAGAUCGACACCUCAGGAGGGUGACCAGGUUUUGUUCCCAGCUGGAUCGCAAGAUUGAAGAGUCGGAGCGCACCGGUCUAGUGGAGGAGAUUGAAGUCAUUGACUUGACGGAAGAGCCGGACGAUCCUACAGAGAACAGUGUGGUUGGGUUGACGGGUGCCAAGAGGCCUAUGGAGGGGUCGUCAUCAAUGGAUGUUGAUGACAGCCCAGUUGAGUCCAAGAAGGCUCGAACUUCUGGGCUGGCUCCCGUAAAGAUUGAUCCUCCAAACCUGGGCCCUUAUGGCUUCCGUUCCAUUCCCGACAAGGAUGCCGCUCUCGCUGGACUUACUCCCCGCUUCCCAGUCAAUAAACAGCCAACGAUUUCGGAGUUCAUCAGUCAAUCUAAUCCAUCUCUCAUGCAGCCUCUGCCGAUGUCUAAUCCUCCACUCCAGCCGACAAAGGGUUCUUCUUCCUCUUUGGCUAAAGGGAAGUUGUCUCCUGUUGUGGUGAUCAAUUCCUCAUCGGCGGCAAACCUUCGGUCAACUCCUGCCUCCUCCCAUUCAACUGCGCCGGAGAAUGUCAACUUGUCAUCUGCCCAAGGAAUGGCCAGCACCUCUUCUCUAGUUGCGGCUUCUACAUCGGUCCCAGCUCUCGGUCCUUCUUCGCUCGAGUCGUCUUCUACUUCCAAUAUCCAUGUCUCAGCGCCCUCCGGUCCUCAAACCUCCGAGAAGUCUUCUCACCCUUCUGCUGCUUCUAAGUCUAAGGAGGUGCGGUCAUCUCAACGUGUUACAAGGGGCUCCUCGGGGACCUCCAAACCAACUUUGGCCUCAAAGUCUAAGGAUGUCAUCUCUAACACUCCAGUUCCGCCGGCCACCAAGGAUGUUGCUCCUGCCUCGACAGACGUUCCUCCAGCUACGAAUGAUGUUCCUCCAGCCACUAAAGACUUGCCUGCCAACUCUACUCUGAACAUCUCCGAUCAACGUUCUCAGGGCGGUCAAUCAAUCAAUGCGCCUUCUGCCUUGCCUCCAUCUGGGAGGGUGUUGCCGAAUUCGACCUUGCCGGAAAAAUCAAAGGAUGCUCAAAACAAGGAUAAGGAUGUUGUUGACGAGGGGGUGGACGAGUUGGAGGAGCUGUCAGACAAGGAGGAAGCUCCAAAGAAGCGAGGUGGUAAAGGGAAAGGCAAGGCCCAGAAGAAGACUCCGAAAACACCGAAACCGCCAAAGACGCCCAGGCUUAAAGUGUCGGAAAUGACGCCGGAACAGAAACUCGAGCGGGAUCGAAAGGUAAAGCAGAGGAAGGAGGAGAAGGAUAAUUGUGUGUAUGCAAUCCCUCCUCAACCAGGUGCUUUAUUAGCUCCAAUGUGGCCCCCGCUAACGUGCGAGGAGGCUCGGAUAGCUCACAAGGACAUGCUGGUCAAAUCAAGGAAUCCUCACUGGAACUACGGCCCCGAACUCAUGGACAGGGUGGCAAAGAUUGUGAAGGCUUUUGGAGACGAUUUCGAGGAUGACGAGUUUUACACGAAAAUGGAUAACUUUAAGCCUGACUUGGAAGCCAUCCAAGCCUUUGGCUUGGUGUAUAAGGAUGAGUUUUUGAACUUGAUUCCAACUUGCCCAAGGCUUGUGCAGGUGGACGCAGCCGAUCCGUUCUUCAAAGAAGGUGUUGUAGAUCUGUCGAUGAUUAAGGCGGCGCAUGACUCGGACGACAAAGUCAAGGCCUCAUCUUGGCAGUGCUUGUACGGAAUGAUGAUCAGGACGGAUGAGCACAGCGAUUAUACUGAGGAUCCGCAUACGGUCAAGGCGAUCGACUCGUCGUUUCGGAAGAUCCACACUCUCACCCAGUCUUGUUUCGACCACUUCCAUCACUAUGUUCUACCUAGCAACAAGCCGGUCUGCGACACAUCGGCAACUUGGAAGCAAGAUACGAUGUUCCAAUCUGGCGAGUUUGUAUUGGCGAAAAUCAAGGCCUUGAAAGCUGGUGCCCAGGGAACUGCUAGCCAUGGGAAUAAACGAACGGGAAACGGCCUUAUGAUCUUACAGAAACGGAUUUGGGAGACUCUUUUCUGCUGUCUGAUGAUGCAACAAGCGCUUUUUCUAGACGAUCUCGACCACUGUAUCAAGACCAAGUCCUUUCCGAACAAAACGAUGGUUGUUUCUCAAUACAUGACAGCAGAAGAUCGGAGCAAAAGUCUGUUCAAAACCGGAGACGUGAAGGACCUCAAGGACUCUAAGGCUCUCAUUGACUGGGGGCAAGAUCGUCUGGCGGCCUUUGGAUCGAUGGCGAUUUUUUUCUUGUAUGGUGCGGCUGGUUGGUGGCAGUGUCUGACUGACUCCCACAACUAUAACCAAAAGGAUGUCUGGGCACUGGUGUAUAUUGCUGAAGCUAAGGCGGAUUGGCUUUACAAUAACGGUCACUACCACGAGAGGACCCCUCAAGACACGCCAUGGUACCGGAUCGAUGGCUUUGUGCGUUGGCUACUCCACAAGACUAACAUGCAUCUCAGACUCACGGCAACGACAGACACGGUUGAUUGGCAAGCGGCGCCCCGAUUCUGGAAUCAACAUGUGACUGAACAAACGAUUGCUAGGCUAGCGCUGCAAGACAUACUGGCUGAAGUCUGUUCGAAGAGUCCACGCAAGUCACUCAAUUUUAAUGGAGAGGCGGCGCCAGAUGUUGUCGUAGACAAAGAAGAUAAGCCACUCGUUGACGAGUUCCGAUCGACUCUUACCUGCGGUUGGAAUGCUACGAUUUGUGCCAAUGAAGAUGCAAUGACUAGUCAGCCUGGCCCUGGUGAAGAUGAAGGAGAAGCUAACGGCGGCGGCGAAGGAGAAGCUAACGGUGGCGGUGAAGAUGAAGAGGCUGCUAACGGUGGCGGUGAAGAUGAAGAAGACCCUAACGAAACCCAGGAAGAAGGUGGAUUCAUCCGACCAAGUCAUAGCGGGCGUUCAGAGAACUCUUUUGCGACCAGGCGAGGUGGCAGCCCCAGCAAGGCUUCCUCAAGUUCAAGUUCGGACGAGAGUCAGGUCAAGGUCAAGUUGACUCAGACUAAGGGACGUAUCAGGCACCGGAAGCGUUCUUUGGUCCCUUCUUCCAGCUCUGAUGACUCUAGCUCUAGCUCUGGCUCUAGUGGUGAGGACGAGGAGGAGACAGACAUUGCAAGAUCUGACACUGAUGGUGGAUUAGAGGAGAGAAGCAGAAGACGGAGAGCACCCGAUGAUUGA